GCCAACGCUUUGGCUAGCUAGACAGGCUACAGCAGUUGGGGUGAUUGUGUUUAGCUUGCUAAGUGGCUAGCUAGCCAGCUUGUUAACCGACUAUCGUUCAGCCCCCAUGCAUGUCUUGGUAGCAAUCUAGCUAGCUAGUUGUUUUGUUUGUUAGCUGUCUGUUUCGCAUUCAACAUUGGUUGCUCGCUGGCUACCUCAUUGGAUCUGCGGAAGCAGGCCCGACAGCUCGAAAAUGAGCUGGACCUGAAGCUGGUGUCCUUCAGCAAGCUGUGCACGAGCUACAGCAGCUCACGAGACGGUCGCCAUGGAGACAGUUCUGACACCACGCCCCUCCUGAAUAACUCCACCCAGGACAGGAUGUUUGAGACCAUGGCAGUGGAGAUCGAGCAGCUCCUGACCAAGCUCACGGGGGUGAACGACAAGAUGGCGGAGUACUCCAGCACGCCAGGCGUGACGUCGCUCAACGCGGCCCUGAUGCACACCUUACAGAGACACAGAGACAUCCUGCAGGACUACACUCACGAGUUCCACAAAACCAAAGCCAACUUCCUGGCCAUCCGCGAGAGAGAGGACCUCUUGGGAUCCGUGCGGAAAGACAUAGAGACGUAUAAGAGUGGCUCAGGCGUGAACAACAGAAGGACAGAGCUCUUCCUGAAGGAGCACGAACACCUGAGAAAUUCUGAUCGUCUGAUCGAGGACACGAUAAGCAUCGCCAUGGCGACCAAGGAGAACAUGACGUCUCAGCGGGGGAUGCUGAAGUCCAUACAGAGCCGAGUCAACACCCUGGCCAAUCGUUUCCCAGCCAUCAAUAACCUCAUCCAGCGAAUCAACCUGCGGAAGAGGCGGGACUCGCUGAUCCUGGGCGGAGUCAUCGGGAUCUGCACCAUCCUCCUGCUCCUGUACGCGUUCCACUGAUGAUGGGGGGGGGGGGCCACGCUGACCUAUCAGCAGGGUGGGGGGUGUGGAGGGGGGGUGGGGAUGGGGCGGGGCUUUCUGGAGCAGAGCUUAUGAAGGGCGACGGUGGAGGCGGGACUGGUUGGGGAGGGGGCGGGGUUUGUCGUGGGAGCAGCCCAUGACCCGGAAAGGUAGGCAGGCAGGGGUGUGGUUAGCAUCGACUACCUGAGUACUGUUUAUCAGUGGGGGAGGGGGGGGUGGUGGGUGGGGGUGUGGGCGUGGCCAGAGUAUUUGGGUGGAGGCGGGGGGGAGCAGUCCAGACCAGGCCUUGCUGCUGCUACGCGGGGAACAGAAGUAUGGCGACACACCUCUUUUACUUCCUGCAGAAAAAGUGUUUCGCUUUUUUUUUGUUUUUGGGCGGGGGGGCAGGGUAACUGAAUUAUGGUGAGAGGAUUUUAAUGGGAUGCAUAUGCGUUUGAUUGGUGGCGUCGGUGAGAAAUGGUUACUGUACGAUUUGCAUUAAUUUCAUUUCUAUCAUAUAUGUAUAUAUUUUACAUAUAUAAAUAUAUAUAUAUAUUUAAAAAAAGAUAAAAAUGUAUGGAAUUGGGCACCAAAGCAUUUUAUUUACUCUUCAUUUUUUCAUUGUUGUCCUCUUUCCCCAUUUACUUCUCCGUCUUUAACAAAAGAAAUGUUUGGUUGAAAACAAACAAAAAAAAACAAAAACAUUUGUAUUGUAGUCAGACGUUAUGAGGCUCCCCAUAAACUGUGAUUCAUUCUGACUGCGUUCUAGAACUGCUUUGCAUACGGGCCAGGGGUGGGCGGGGCCUUCCCAAAGGGGCGGAGUCCAGACCUGAACCCAUCAUUGGCCAGAGAAAGAGGGCGGGGCCUACUUGCUUGAACCAAUGUUCUCGUUUUUGAUUGGUCCUCCAGGCGUUUGGUUCCCUCCUCUCAGCAGAUACCUUCAAUGCAGUCAAACCCCCCCCCCCCCCCACUCCCGAUGAGUGGGCAACUACCUGUCAUGAAACACAGUUUUAAAACUGACCCAAUGCUUUGAAACAGUCUGUUAUAUACAUUUUUGUUGUACAUCUGCAUACGUUUCAGAAACAUGUCCUUCACAGAAGCUAAAGCUUAGCGUGCAGAUUGAAGAGCCCUGAAAGUAACGUUUACCCGAGUUGGUCAUCAUGUGACCUCAGCAUCCAUGCACAGCAGGUUGGGCAUUUUACACUGGCGUGGGUAUGCUUGGCACCGGCAUGCGGAAAAUGAAGUGAAUUAUUUUAUUUUCAGAUUUGUGAGAGGAAGUAGCUUUUGCAGGUUUGUUUAUUUAUGUGGUUGAACUAGCUGCUGUCGUUUAGUUUUUCCAGGCAGGCCCAUUUACAUCACAUCUGCGGCGGGGGGUAUCCUGCCCCCCCCCAGACUCGGGUUCUGGUGCCCUGCAGGCUCUCGGUGUACAGCCAUGGGUACAGCGUGGGACGUGAUGCAACUUUAAUGGUCCUGUCCCUUUCUUCCUGUCUGAGGUUUUUUUAGGGAAUCCUCCUAAUUUCCUGUUGGAGGCACUACAUUUCCCAUGGUGCAUCUGUCACAUAGAGAGUUGACACAAGCGGGGUUGAGGAGGGUGAAGACAUCACUGCUAUUGUUGCUAGGCGAUUAAACCAUGCUUUCAGUUUUUUUUUUGAGGGGGGAAGGGGGGUGUGAUUCAUAGGCAGUCGUGGGUUGGUUUUUGGCAGUAAAGCAGUGGCGGGUUUGCCACUGGCUAGCGUGGGCAGGGGGGUCGGGGAGAACGCGCAGUUGACCUGCGCUGGCAGAA